AUAGGAGUGGUCUAGCUUAAAACUAGAGAGAGGGUAUGGAAAGACCAUCAGUGACCUUGCAGAGAAGAGACAGAGAGUAAGAGACGACUGCGGAGAUAGAGACCUUCAGCAACUGAAUUUUGACACAUUUAAAAGUAGGGAAAUCAAGAAAAAAAAGCAGGUAGUACAAAGGCGGAAGUAAUAAUUUGCAUAGCAGCACAUUUUAAAAAGUUUUAAGUGUAAAGGUACCAGGUGUCUUUUUCAUCAAUCUCUGCAGUCCUGAAAAUACAGAAAGGGUUGUAGUUAACUCCUUGGUGUCUUUACUGCUGCUGUUCUCGAACUCUCUAGUUUCUGCAACUUGCUAACGAUGCCCACUCAUCGCCUGGUGAUUGUGAGGCAUGGGGAAAGCACCUGGAACCAAGAGAACCGUUUCUGUGGUUGGUUUGAUGCUGACUUGAGUGAGAAGGGUCUGGAAGAAGCCAAACGUGGAGCCCAGGCAGUAAAAGAAGCUGGAUUCCAGUUUGACUACUGUUACACUUCUGUCCUGAAAAGGGCUAUUCGAACCCUCUGGCUGAUAUUGGAUGAGAUUGAUCAGAUGUGGCUGCCAGUGGUGCGAAGCUGGCGCCUGAAUGAGCGUCACUAUGGUGGACUGACUGGACUCAAUAAAGCGGAGACGGCUGCCAAGCAUGGUGAGGAGCAAGUGAAAAUUUGGAGGCGAUCAUAUGAUAUCCCACCCCCACCCAUGGAUGCAGAUCAUCCUCUGUACCAAGUUAUUAGCAAGGACAGACGCUAUGAAGGGCUACAGUCUGGAGAACUUCCAAGCUGUGAGAGCUUGAAAGAUACCAUUGCUCGAGCAUUGCCUUUCUGGAAUGAUGUGGUAGCACCACAAAUCAAAGCUGGGAAGAGAGUGCUUAUCGCAGCACAUGGCAACAGUCUGCGUGGAGUUGUCAAACACCUGGAAGGAAUGUCAGAUGCAGCCAUUAUGGAGCUAAAUCUUCCUACUGGAAUCCCUAUUGUGUAUGAGCUUGAUGACAACCUGAAACCCAUUAAACCAAUGCAGUUUCUGGGAGAUGAAGAGACUGUCCGCAAAGCCAUGGAGGCAGUGGCAGCUCAGGGGAAGGUGAAGAAAUAAAACCUAAUGAGACCUUUCUUCAUACCAAAAUGAGCAGAAAUGCUACAAGUACUGUAACCUCCCACUGGUAAUAUGAAAGGCACUGUAAAAACAAUGCAAAUAAAAUUAAUUGCUGAAAACA